AUGGCCCCCUCUCUCGAGACCCUGCUCGUCGCGGCUCUGCUCAAGAUCACGGCAAACCUUGACUCUGCCCAGGAUGUCCUCGCCCUCGCCCGCGUCAGCAAGACCAUGUACGAGCGUGUCACCACUCGAUCCCAGCAGAUCCUCGAGCCCUUCAUCACCCCCAAGGUCUUCUGCUUGAACCUCGGCGUGCUCCUCCGCACUGCGUACGCGGCCACCGUCUUCCGGGACUGCCUCUCUCAGCUCGCCGACUUUGAGAUCCCGGCUCCCGUCACCAUCAACAACUUCUCGGUCCUUGCCUGCGCUGCCCACCUCGCCGACAACACCAUGCGCUACGUCAACGUCAAUGGCAUGAGAGCCGUGUACUUCCAGGCCCUCUGCCCCUUCAACCUCAUCGUCACCCACGUCACCGCCUCCUACUCCGUCUGGUUGAACAAGGCCAUCUGUAUGCAGCGCUGCGCCCUCGUCCGCUACGCGGCCCUCAUCUGGCUGUCGAAGCAGGAGCCCCUCAGGGGCUCCGAGGAGCACUACGCGUGGAGGGACUUCCUCCUCGACUUCUACCCGGAGGACGCGGUCAACAACGAGCUCUGCUGCGAGCACUGGUGCUCCCUCGUGCAGGACCUGUAUUUGCCCGAGGGCUCCGAAAAGCUCAUGAAGUCGUUCGACUGGGACCCGGCCGACUUCGAGCUCGUUUUACCGCCCCAUUUUUUUCAGUAG